UUCCGGUGCAGCUGAGCGAAUAUAUUUCUCAUCAGACAGUUGUUGAUAAUAUCGUCCAAGAGAUCAGAAACUAAUGAUAGAUUAGUGAAAAGUGGUGUAGGUCACAGAGGACUUGUUGUCCGCAUGUGAAUAGUUAUUCCGUGUUAAAAUGGGCCAAACAACGUCGUCAAUCGCCAGUAAGAUAGCACAGCCCGUGUCAUGGAUGUGGGGGAGAAAGGGGGAGACCAAGAGAGCAGAUAUAGCCAGCUACAAGGGUCCAUCACCGUUUGUUCUCACAAGACAAAGCUCGAUGUUUUUUGAUGAAGAUGGUGACCUCGCUCAUGAGUUCUAUGAAGAAGUGCGAAUAGGGAAGCGGUUUAUCAUGAGACGCAAGCGCCACAACCUGAUUCCACAGGGGGAGGUGGAGCUGAGCCAUCCGCGCAUCCAUGUUGAUAUUCCAGUGGUGAUGUGUGAAGCCCUGAUGACUGUCAGAUGACCAGUACCCCCCUCUAGGUCCAAUCUGUAGCAUGUGUCAAACUGUAGCAGGUGGCAUCAUCAUCAACAGCGGACAAUGAUGGGUGUGGGUGACGGUGAAGGUUUGGACUUCCCUGAAGCAGACUGAGAGUUGACAUCGUCAUCCUGUGUCGUCACUUCUGUCAACAGACAGACAUAGUAAUAUAUCAUGCAAUUUCAUUAAAAUCAGAUCUUAGGUAUCGCUACUGCCAAACAAAGAUCUGAGGACAGUUGCGGUCUUUAGGAAUGAAUCCAUACAAUCUAGAUAUAUUAGCCAUUCCAAAAUGUUCCUUUGUUCAUUU